UUAAUCCACAUCAACCCCAACUCUCUCGAUGAGUCUCACAACGCUCUCUGGGCUAAAUCCGGUUCUCCUCUUAUUCCUUUGACAGAGUUUAGAGAGCCUGAGAUUAUGAAGAAGUACGAUGUUAAACCUGAUAUUGAAGUUCUUGACAUGCUUGACACUGCUUCAAGACAAAAAGAGAUACACAUUGUAACGAAACUGUUCUGGGGAGAAGAUGCUAGGGAAAAAAUUCUUGAUGCUAUUGAGGAUCUGAAACUUGACUCUUUGGUUAUGGGAAACAGAGGACUUGGAACCAUUCAAAGGAUCAUCUUGGGGAGUGUGAGCAACUACAUUAUGACACAUGCUCCUUGCCCUGUUACCAUCGUUAACUGUUGA